UUGAUUUUUUUCUAUUUCAGGAGCUGGGCUACUCGCGAAUAUGUUCGUCAGGUACAGCUCAUCAUUAUCGAUGAGAUUCACCUUUUGGGUGUGGAUCGAGGCGCUGUGUUAGAAGCUAUAAUAACGAGGCUCAAACUUCUAACAAGAAGAUCAUGCGUGCGAGAUUCUCCUGCUCGAUUGCUGGGACUUUCCACAGCUCUUGCUAAUGCUGGAGAUGUCGCUGAAUGGCUAGGAAUCCAUGAUCCAGUGCUGGUAUUUGUGGCAUCGCGAAGGCAAACAAGGCUGACGGCUAUGGCUUUCAUAAGCCAUUUGGUCACUGAAAGUGAUCCGAGGCAAUGGCUGCACAUCGAUAUGGCCGAGCUGGAGGUUUUGCUACAAUCUGUAAAAGAUGAGAAUCUAAAGCUUACACUACCGUUCGGUAUCGGUAUGCAUCAUGCUGGUCUGAGUCCGCACGAGAGGGCGCUAGUGGAGGAGCUCUAUGUCGAGAAGAAGAUACAAGUGCUGAUUGCGACAGCUACCCUGGCUUGGGGAAUUAACAUGCCUGCUCACCUGGUAAUUGUCAAAGGAACGGAAUACUAUGAUGGAAAAACUUGUAAAUAUGUAGACUUCCCUGUCACUGAUGUUUUGCAAAUGAUGGGACGUGCGGGACGACCACAGUAUGACACGAGUGCAGUAGCUGUGAUUUUUGUACAAGAUAUCAAGAAGACUUUUUACAAGCGAUUCUUAUAUGAGCCUUUUCCAGUGGAAUCGAGGUACCCUUUUUCUUCCGCUUGCAUUGAUUUUUUUGUUAUAAAUUCUAUUGCAUAUGCUACAUUUUUACUUCCGUCGCGUUGUAAGGCUGAUUUUAGCCUCCUUCCGGUCUUAGCUAACCAUGUAAACGCCGAGAUCAAUGCGGGUACAAUUACUAGCAAACAGGAAAUUAUGGAAUACCUGGCUGGUACUUACCUCUACAGACGGUUGUUUGCAAAUCCAAAUUACUACGGGUUAGAAGACUUAUCUGAGGAAUCCCUGAUAAAAUAUUUAGUCGCUGUUGUUGAUGGAUGUGUAAUGGAUCUCCAGUAUUCGAAAUGUAUUAUUAUCGAUGAGGAAACGGAAACUUUGCGACCAUCACCUUUUGGAAGAAUUGCUAGCAUUUACUAUCUUCGCCACGAAACCAUGAAGUUCCUGGUAGAGAAGUUGGGCCGUGAAGAUUCUAUAGAGGACUUAUUGAAAACGCUAUCGCACGUCCCAGAAUACGACGAGAUACCAGUACGACAUAAUGAGGAUGUCACAAACACGUAAGU